AUGCCGCAGCCGUAUCCGAUUCAGUAUCCAGAAUACCAGCAACAGCAACCGUAUGCACAGCAAUAUGCCCCACCUGUUUCAGCACCACCACCCGAGAUGGCUACACCAGCUCUGCCACCAAGACCACAAGGGUCCAAAACCGCCACGGGGCCAGUGCCGACCAAUGCGUGGUGGCAGAACCUGAUCGUCGAGGCCGGCGACCAGCCGGUGGUCACAUCGCCAUAUAUGAUAAAGUCAUACACUGGAGCACACGUGCCGCUAGUCCGCGGCAUGCCAUUUGUCACGGCCGAGUUCACAUCGCCGGCAAUGCUGCACUUGACGACUGUCCACGCAAUCACCAACGUUGAUGUGCAGAAUGUGCCACAAGGCUGCGCAGUGGUCUCGCUGAAUGACGGCCGCACGUGGCUCGUCUGCUGUGAGCUCCCAGUGGGACUGCGCCAGGACGGCAUGUCUGCAGUCGUCUCGGAUCAGCCAGUCACCGGCGCCGUGCGAAUCGCCCUGGCUCGCAAGGCAAUCCCGGUUGGUGGCUCGGCGACCUUCACAGUCUCCUGGCAGACGCGCAGCGGCGAUCAGCCAUUGCUCUGCGCCUUCCCGAUCGGCGUCGGCCAGUACUGGUCGACCAAGGGGCCGAUGCGUGCGGUGCGCGGUGCCCAGUGGCAGUGGACCGAGCAGAUUGAGCCGCUGGGAUUUGCGGGUCCGCUGGUCAAGACUGACGCCCAAGCUCUGCCACCCAUCGAGCAUCUGCCGCGCGACCCGUAUUUCUUCGGCAAGGCGGCAGCACGUGCCGCGCGCAUUGCGCUGAUAGCCGACGAGAUCGGCGAGCCGGCGACACGGCGACUGCGUGGCUGGAGCCAUGGCUCCGUGGGCCGCAACGCCAACCCGCUGGUAUUCGACACCGAGUGGCAUGGGCUGAUCAGCACCGACGGCCUCCACGACUCCAAUGCCGAUUUCGGCCAGGGCCGGUACAACGACCACCACUUCCACUAUGGCUACUUUGCUGACGGCCACUUUCCGGCUAUGCGCAAUUUCGACUUCUUCGAUGGACACUUCCCUAUCAACGCGUACUACGCCGCAUAUCUAUAUGCGCUGGCCACGGGCCGCACGCAGCUGGCAUGGUAUGUGCGGGCAAUAUUGCAGCUGGAGGCUCGCACAUCGCGCAUCUACUGGCAUGUCGGCGAUAUCGGCAGCAGCAUAUAUCCGGAUACGUACUCAAAUGACAAAGCCAUUGUUGGCAUUCUGUGGGCGGGCAAGUACGACUUUGCUACCUUCUUCAGUGCUGAUCCCGCCUGCAUCUACGGCAUCCAGUUUCUGCCAUAUACGCCGGCCACUGCACUGCUUCUGAAGCGCUCGUGGGUUGCCGAUAUCUGGCCCAAGUAUCUGCAGAAGCCCUGGCGUGAAAUCAUCGAGCUGGCCGGCGCUCGUACCGCACACAUCACCAGCCAUGAUGACGGCAACUCAGGCAUCCAACUC